CCAACUUUGACGGUCAGUGCACACAUUGUCCCUGUCCGCCUCCUGUAUAUAAACCCGCACUUAGGUUGCAAUGUCAGCCAACAAUCGCGCCCCUCAUCCCCUUCAAUUACCACUACUUCUCACAGACUCCUAUAGUCUCCACUAUGCCCAUUAGCCUCACCACGUCCGCCAGCAACGGUCUCACCGCUAGCUCGAAGACCAAUGGAAAGACCUACAACAACGGCAAUGGUGUGGCGAAGAAUGGCCAUGUCGAGCUCGCCCAGCAUGCGUCUGGUUCCGGUCUACUGAGCCAGUUCAUCAUCUCCUACCAGGAGCUGCAAGCGUACAAGAGCGGGAAGGCCGUCAUCGUGGAUGGAAAGACGCUAUCCAUCCCUGCUGUUACCGCGGCGGCUCGUUACGGCGCCGCCGUGGCGCUCGACGAGAACGACGAGCUGAAGGAGCAAGUCGCGAAAAGCCGUGCCGUUAUCGUUGGCAAGGUGAACGCUGAGACCAGUGUUUACGGAGUAAGCACGGGCUUCGGUGGAAGUGCCGACACGCGUACGAACGACCCGAUCAUGCUCGGCCACGCAUUGCUUCAGCAUCAGCACACCGGUGUGCUGCCGUCGCAAAUGGAUAGUCCUACGUCAGCUCUCCCGCUGUUGGAUCCUCUCGCAUCAACUAGCAUGCCUGAGGCGUGGGUGCGGGGCGCGAUCCUUAUUCGCAUGAAUUCCCUUAUUCGCGGCCACUCCGGUGUGCGGUGGGAACUCAUCGAGAAGAUGGGCUCGCUACUGAAGGAGAACGUCACGCCCUUGGUUCCCAUGCGUGGCAGCAUCUCUGCGUCAGGAGAUCUGUCGCCUCUGUCCUACAUCGCCGGUACGCUGAUUGGCAACCCCUCCAUCCGUGUAUUCGACGGACCCGCCAAGUUCGGACAUCGCCAGAUCGUGUCUUCCAUUCAGGCUCUCGCGGCCCAUGGCAUCGAGCCCAUCCCGCUCGCGUCCAAGGAACACCUUGGCAUCCUCAACGGCACCGCAUUCUCGGCAUCCGUCGCAGCUCUGGCGCUCAACGAUGCCGUCCAUCUCGCCAUGCUUGCCCACGUCUGCACGGCUAUGGGCACCGAAGCUCUGCUCGGAACACAGGGGUCCUUCGAACCAUUCAUUCACGACGUGGCUCGCCCGCACCCUGGCCAGGUCGAGUCGGCUGCGCACAUCAGGCAUCUGCUCGCAGGCACGCAGUUUGCUGUGACAAAGGAAGAAGAGCGGAACAUCAAGGACGAUGCCGGCGAGCUCCGCCAGGAUCGUUAUCCCCUCCGGACGGCGGCCCAGUUCCUCGGCCCCCAGAUUGAGGACCUCCUCCACGCGCUCGCCCAGAUCCAGCUUGAGUGCAACACCACGACGGACAACCCGCUCAUCGAGGCGGAGACGGACACCGUGCAUCAUGGUGGCAACUUCCAGGCUAUGGCUGUCACGAACGCCAUGGAGAAGACACGCCUCGCUCUCCACCACAUCGGCAAGCUGCUGUUCUCGCAGUGCACCGAGCUCCUCAACCCGACUAUGAACCGCGGUCUCCCGCCCAGCGUCGCUGCGACCGACCCGUCGCUCAACUACCAUGCUAAGGGCAUCGACAUCCACCUCGCGGCGUACACCGGCGAGCUUGGUUACCUCGCGAACCCCGUCUCGACCCACAUCCAAUCAGCAGAGAUGCACAACCAGGCUGUGAAUUCCUUGGCGCUGAUCAGCGGCCGUGCGACCAUCAACUCGCUCGAGGUCCUGUCGUUGCUCACCGCGAGCUACCUUUACGUGCUCUGCCAGGCGCUCGACCUCCGUGCGCUGCAGCACGAGUUCCAGCAGGGCAUGCAGAAGAUCGUCGAGGAGCAGCUCUCCGCCUUCUUCGGCAGUUCGCUCUCCUCGUCGCACCUCCAGACGGUCUUCGGCCUCAUCUGGCCUGCGAUCGGCCACGCUCUCGAGGGGACCACCACCAUGGACGCCGUCCCGCGCAUGCAGAAAGUCGCGUCGGCGUGCAGUACGCCCAUCGUCGACUUCUGCAUCGCGAACGGCGCCGCGGCGGCCCUAAGCCAGCUGACGGUGUUCCGCGACGCCGUGGCAGAGCGCAGCGCGGCGCUGCUCGUCGACCUCCGCAACGCAUACCUCAGCGGCGAGCGCGGCGCGGCGCCCGCCGCUCAGUACCUGGGCAAGACGCGCGGGGUGUACGAGUUCAUCCGCGUCGCGCUCGGCGUCCGCAUGCACGGGAAGGAGAACUUGGAGGGCUUCGCGAACGGCCCUGGCGUCACGGACGCGACCUUGGGCCAGAACAUCUCGCUCAUCUACGAGUCUAUCCGCGAUGGCAAGAUGCAGGGCGUCGUUGUUGAGCUGUUCCAAUAGAGGAUGCAAUGGACGGUCAUGGAUAGAGGUGCGGGCGGUAGGUGUAUCCAGAUAUUUAUCACGAGAUAAUACGCGUCUUUGUAUAGAGUAGUCUUAGUCUUGGAUGUAUCAUUAGACAAUACCAGAGCGUUAUACGAUGCUUUUCUCAUGA